ACUGAGAAUGGUUACUCUGCCACUCUAGAUGUUUCUAUCUCUAUCAAGGGAAGCCAGUCGCAUAGUAUUUACGUCACUUCCGGAUGUUGGCGCGGGGAGGUCGGGGACCAUAUCGUUCAGAAGCAACAUGCCGAAGUUUUACUGCGAUUACUGUGAUACUUACCUCACCCAUGACUCUCCAUCUGUGAGAAAAACACAUUGUAGUGGUAGGAAACACAAAGAGAAUGUGAAAGACUACUAUCAAAAAUGGAUGGAAGAACAAGCACAGAGCCUGAUUGAUAAAACAACGGCUGCGUUUCAACAAGGCAAAAUUCCACCUACUCCAUUCUCUGCUCCACCUCCAGGAGGAGCUAUGAUACCACCACCACCUAAUAUCCCUGGUCCUCCACGGCCUGGUAUGAUGCCAGCACCACAUAUGGGUGGACCGCCAAUGAUGCCAAUGAUGGGCCCACCUCCCCCAGGAAUGAUGCCAGUUGGACCCGCUCCAGGGAUGAGACCGCCCAUGGGAGGACACAUGCCAAUGAUGCCAGGGCCACCAAUGAUGAGACCUCCAUCCAGACCCAUGAUGGUGCCAACCAGACCAGGAAUGGCUCGUCCAGACAGAUAAAAUGGAACCACCAUUUCACCUUUAUUUUAUAUAUGCUCUUCUGUGACAAAUUGCCUGGGGAGCAGUAUUGCCAAGAACACCAACAAAACCUGGAACUUCUUCAGUUCGUAGGCUUAACAUGGGGUGGGGGUGGGGAAUUAUCGGACUAAUGCUCUAGCAUUUUUUUUCAAAUUAAUUUGCUUGUGAAUUAUUGUAAUAAAAUACUGGUAGUUA